AUGAGCGGUGCGUCUUGCGAAUCGGAUCCGCAUACUUCUCUUUUACGCAUCACGAAUGCAACCUGACACAGCCCGUCCCUGAUCCCUCUCAGGCUUUGGCGGCGGGAACCCGUACGGGGCAAAUUAUCAGACGGGCGGUGGUGGCGGAGGAGGCGGCUUCAUGGCUGGCAGUCAAGGUGACAGUCCGAGCACAAAGGUGUGUUGAGUUUUCGCACCCGCAUCGCGCGUCGAUACGAUGCUGAAGCUCUACGUGUGCCCCUUGUGCACCGACAGAAAAGUGGUGCCAACAGUCUGCGCCCAGUGACUAUUCGACAAGUGCUCAAUGCUGAGCAGUCUCACAUGGAUGCAGACUUUCUCGUUGAUGGAGUGGAAGUUGGUCAGGUGAGCAUCGUAAAGGCUGCUCUCGUUAUACAUGAACUUCUCUCAAAACUCGGUGGACAUGCUUGCUGAUCGACAUCGUAUCGUCUGCAUUUGCCAUCCUAAACAGCUCACAUUUGUCGGCGUGAUUCGUAAAGUGGCCGCCUUUCCGACCAAUGUCUCUUACGACAUCGAAGAUGGCACGGGCGCUAUCGAAGUGCGUCAAUGGCUCGAAGGGAGUGACGAAUCGGAAAACAAAUCAAAUGAUAUUCGAGAAAACGUUUACGUGAGGGUGUUGGGUACGAUCAAGACGUUCCAGAACAAGAGAAGCAUCAGCGCAGGGCACAUCCGACCGAUCACGAACUUCAACGAGGUGCUGUUUCACAAAUUGGAAGCCAUCUAUGUACAUCUUCAAUCCGUGCGCAGCACGGGUGCUGGAGGCGCUAUAAAGUCGAACGGAGCUGGAAAUACGGAGGCAAGUGGCGUCAAUGAGGACAAAUACACGCACAUUGGAGAUCCCUUGCAGAGGAAAAUCUUUGCCCACGUUCGAGAAUUGUCCACUUUGGAAGAGGGCAGUGGUGUAGCUAUCACUACAGUAGCUAGGCGUAUCAAGGCUUACAGCGAGGAGCAGGUGCGGUGAGUCAACGUGGGGACGAUAGACGUUUGGUCUCUCACGCCAAUUCUGACUGUGGUCUGUGCCCCACCCAACGAUCUAAUUUCAGCGAGGCAGUCGACACCCUCGUCCUGGACGGCUACCUCUACACUGCUGAAGACGACGAGCACGUCCUUGCAACGUAA